AUGUCUAUCCUCCUCCUAAUUGCAAUCACAUUGGGUUCUGCAUUUUUGCUUCUCAAUUUAUUCUUGAAAAAGAAAGAUAGAUCUAAAAAUCUGCCGAGAGGGUUUUUAGGGUACCCUUUGAUUGGAGAGACUUUGAGCUUUCUUGAAGCACAAAAGAAAGACCAAGGGUCUGAAUGGAUCAGCCAUAGGGUUAAGAAACAUGGGCCAGUUUUCAAAACAUCCCUCAUGGGUGCACCAACGGUGGUGAUCAUUGGUCAAUCUGGGAACAAGUUUAUACUUGGGUCCGAUGAAACUGUUCUUAUUGCAAAACAACCCAAGACCCUAUCCACCAUAGCCGGAAAGCAUAACAUUUUUGAGCUCACUGGAUCAAGGUACCAGUUGAUCAAGGGAGCGAUGUCGAGCUUUAUGAAGCCAUCAAGCCUUCAAACCAAUAUAAAACAGAUGGACGAUUUGAUCACCAGCUUAUUUCUGAAAUCGACAAAAGAAACCGACGUCAUCCCGACUGUCGGCUUCAUGAAACGGCUUACAUUCAAUAUCGCAUCUGCGGUCUUAUUUGGCAUUCAAGACGACCUUUUGAUCGAAGAAUUCUCCCAUGAUUUCUCCCUAGCUUUCAAAGCAGUUUGGUCUAUUCCGGUCAACUUUCCGGGAACGGCUUACUGGCGUGGGCUGCGAGCUCGGUCUAGAAUCAUUGCCCGCUUGAUGCCGAUCAUAAGGAAGAAAAGUGCGGACCUCCGUGAGGGAAGACUGCACCCUGCAAGCGACAUUCUAUCGAGUUUGAUUGCUCUCAAAACACAAAACGAAGAUGUGAUCACAUACGAGAUGAUCGUCGACAAUUUCGUCACUUUGAUGAUCGCUAGCCAUGAUACUUCGGCCAUUUUAAUGAGCUUGAUUGUAUGGAAGCUGUCACUUUGA